AUGACCAAGCUGGAGCUGCGCGUGACGUCCGCGGUUACCCUGGCGGUGACCGUGCUGGUGCUACUACCGUCCCAGGUUCAGCUGGCGACCAGUCCGGCCAGUGAAGCAUUCGAACGCAACGAUCUCGUGGCGGACCUCGUCGACGUUGCCCCGGAGCACACGAUCCAGGUGAAGUAUCCCUCGAAGGUAGAGGUAUCGCUCGGGAACGAGCUGACGCCGACCCAGGUGAAGGACCGGCCGACGGUCUGCUGGCCGACCGAACCGGACACACUCUACACGCUGGUGAUGGCCGAUCCGGACGCACCGUCGCGCAGCAAUCCGGAGAUGCGCUCCUGGAAGCAUUGGCUCGUCGGUAACAUCCCAGGCAAAGAGGUGGACCAAGGCGAAGUGCUUGCGGACUACGUUGGCUCCGGACCGCCGCAGGGAACCGGCCUGCACCGGUACGUGUUUCUCGUGUACAAGCAACCCUCGAAGGUGACCUUCAACGAGACGAUCCUAAGCAGCCAGAAUCCGAACCGUGGCAAGUGGUCGCUGUCGGACUUUGUCUCGAUGUACGCGCUCGGAACACCGAUCGCUGGCAACUUCUACCAGGCCCAGUACGACGACUACGUCCCGGAGCUCUACGCCACCUUUACGGACACGUGAGCGGACCCUGCGCCAUCCCAUCCCCCUUAUGUUCCCAUCCUAGUCCCUUAUCCCUCCUUGUCUCCCUGGUUUCGGUAUCCCGUCCCGUAUCCCGUGUGCCUUCCCGCUCAAAUACACAAAAUCUCACC